GAGCCCAUGCGUUUGUCACGGCUGGUAUUGUGUUAAAAUUAGUCACCCGUACGAAAUAUACUUGCCCAUGCGGAAAGGUGUAUGUUAUAUUUGGGAGAAAAAUGUGGUUUAAUAUGGAUCUGUGUAACUAAAAGGAACAAAAAUUGACCUACGGCUAGUUAGAAAUCGAGAAUUUUCGGACACAAAUGAUGACCAAUCUUUAAACAUGGAUAACUGAAGCGGAUUUUUAACAAAAAUGAUUCGGGCACUGGAACUCUUCGUCAAAAGAAACUACCAAUUGAUUUUGGUAGCGAUAGUGUUGUUUGCUGUUCUGUCAAUAAGACUGCCUCCCUCCUCCAGCCAGUAUUAUCGUACUCCUGGUGACAUUUACCGUCGUCUGGAACUCGAGAAUUCUCCAUUCAAGGUCAUAACAACAACAGCAGAAAAGGUAAUUGACAAUAGGAUAUAUCACGUUGCUUUUCUGAAGGUUCACAAGAGCGGAAGUACAACUGCACAGAAUAUUUUUCUGCGGUUCGGCUGGGAGCACAACCUAACAUUCGUCCUUCCGCCAGCUCAUAAUGUAUUUAAAUACCCAAACAUUAUAAGUCUUCGAGAAGCUAUGCACAAAAACAACACUUUGCCGCCGCCGAAAGGGAAACUCUACGAAAUGUUGUGUAACCAUGUGAUCUACAAUCGCGAAGUGUUCCGAAGUUACAUGCCAAACGACACUUUUUAUGUAGGAAUUUUACGAGAACCAUACGAAUUCUUUAAGUCCACUUUAAAUUAUCUAAGACCUGGAUAUUUGUAUAAUAAAAUUAAAACUAGUGUCCCGGCUUCAGAUUUCCUUAAAAAUCCUCUGAAAUAUGAGCCAAAGAGCGCGCUGUUUUCAUUUACAAAUAACAGAAUGGCGGUGGAGUUUGGCUGUCCAGAAGAUGUCGUGAAAUCUAAUGACAUACAGAAAAUUGCUGAGUUUGUGAAGAAUGUGGAUACAGACUUUAAUCUAGUCAUUAUCGCCGAGCACUUUGAGGAGUCAGUUGUUCUGUUGCGACGAUAUCUACGCUGGUCAACAAAGGAAGUUCUAUAUUUAGAUAAAAAUAUCGCAAAACAUAAAAAUGAAACGAAACUAGUUGGGCCAUACGAUAGGCAGAUGUACAAACGUUGGGCUAGAAUAGACUAUGCCCUGUAUGAACAUUUUUUUAAGAAGCUCCGAGAUCAAAUCCGGGAAGAAGGGUACGAUUUUGAUGAUGAAUUGUUGCAUUUCAAAGAAAUUCGUAGAAUGGUUUCAGAAUUUUGUGGCGGUGAUUCAAAGAAAACUGGCGCAAAAUUGGUUGUUCAAAAAUCUAAAUGGAGCGUUGGCUUUGAAGUUACCAAUAAUGACUGUGUUCUUCUCAAAAAAUCAGAAAUUCCAUUUGUACAAGAUAUAAGACUCAGACAAUAUGGUUCGAAAGACAUCUAGGCUGUGGAAUUAUUUGAUAUAAGCAUUAUCGUCUAAACGUGAAUUUCAUAUCCGUCCUAGAUCUAUGUUUUUCGUUGAAUUCUCGUUUUUCGUUAUAGUUUGAUACAUUUAGUAAGCAAUAGUAAAAUAACUUAUCAUUAUUUUGUAAUUUAAAACUUUCCUUCCUUGUAAAUACAUAUUAAGCCUCUUGUAAGACAAGGAAUUUAUUUCUGGCGUCGGGACAGUUACUUUCAUUGAGAUCACAAAUCAUACUGACUUUCUUUUGGAUAUUUUGUUUUGUAAUUCAGUUGAAUGCAGUUUGUCUGGUACGAAAUCUAGAUGUAAUAGAGACAAUCCUCAGUAGGCCAGUUAUGGUGGCUGAUUUCUGCUAUUGCAUGUUCGCGCAUUGGAAGGACGCCAGAACGACAAAUAGUUGCAUUUCGUUUUGUCGUAUUGACACGCUAGUUUGUCGUUUUGACGCUCUUCAAGUGGCAGAAAUCAAUCAUCAUAGUCAGUCUGAUGAAAUUUUAUAGCAAGGACUAUCUCCCACAUAUAUUUUAAUAUAAGGGGACACCACUGUGUAGGAAUUAGAUUCAUACCUGUAUAAAAAAUAUUUACAUUCUCCCAGUUCUUUCCUUUGAAAAUUAUGACGUUCAUUUUUAUGGACUGCAAAAGUUAAAGCCUAUAGACGUUAUUUGUUUGUCUCAGUGUAAGAUAUUUAUGCUAGUAUAGCUAUUUAGUAGGGUCAUUUUAUCUGUAGAUCUACCUUGAUCUGCCUCGAAUGUGAUCCGGCUGGGCAAAAUACACGAAAGCCAAAUGCAUCAUUGCAGAUCUAUGCACUGCUUUAAUACCCUUUUAUUAUAUACAUAUACAUAUUUCUAAACAUUAACUAUACUUUCGGGCAAGUAAGACUGAAAAAUUGUUUGAAAUGCUGAAUUUUUUCACAGUGGCAGACGUCAUCAUUGCGUCAUGUCUGACGUCCUAUUUGAUGUUACAACUAAACCAAGAAAUAUUUUCCGUAUCUAAUCAGAGUUGAAUACAGGGUUAUGUAUACAGGUUGUAUUUCAGACACGGAAUUCGUAUAUAGAUUUUCCGAUUAUUUAUAAUUCAUUUUUUUUUUUGCAUUCAAGUGCGGUUCCGUACCAGUGAAAUUAAAAAAUGGUAUUUUCACUGAAACAGUGAAAAUCACUGAUAUAUUCCAGUAUUAGUAUUUCACCGAAACGCACCGCUGGCAUAAACUCACGGGGAAAGUUCCUUAGAAUACGUCAUAGUUGAUCAUAAUUAAAUACAACAAAAUAAUUAUGUGCAAUCUUUUAAAAAUAAAAUAUAAUGUAAAUAGGAGAAAUGAAAUAACGUUUUUGAAGUUUAAUGCGGAAUUAACCUAGAAUAUGGAUAUGCCGUUCAUUUCGCGUAAACUCCGAAAAAUGAAUAAAUUCAUUUCUUAAAAACGAUUUCUGAAUCAAAAAUUACAUUUUAUCUCCUAUUGGAAGCUGUUCAAAGCAGGUAAUGUGUAUUACUUAAAUGUUUAUUUCUAUUUUAUUUUUCAUUUUAUUUGAAUGUAUCUGUUUAUACAUUGCAUCUGUUUGUUUUGUAAACAAUCAGCAUAUUUGCAGAAUGCAAUAAAAUGUUACGAAUUCUUUUA